UGAAGGCAUCACACACACUCAGCCGUUAGUGCCACGUCAAACGUGACGUAGCAGGAGGUGUAGUCCGGGUGGGGGGGCGUCUUUAAAACACACGGUACACGAAACCUCACAGCGGCGACUGGCAUUAAUGGUCUUAAAAGCCGAGAGGAGCACUUCUCAGAGUGUGGCAGAGCUAAAUCAAAAGUACUGUUAAUCAUGGACCCGAGCACCAGUGGACUCGCCAAGAAGUUGGCUGAAGCCGACCAGUCUCACCUCCUGCAGUUCUGGAACGAGCUGAACCCCACAGAGCAGGCCGACUUGAUCCACGACCUGCAGGGGAUGGACUUUCAGGAGAUCAAUGGAUUCUUCAAGAGCGCCAUGGAGAUGUCCAGCAGCAGCAAACAUGAGAAGAUGGAUGCCCGCAUGGAGCCGGUGCCACGGGAGGUGCUGGGGAGCGUGACGAGGGACAGGGACUGUCUGAAAGACUGGGAGCUUACAGGUCUACACAGCAUCUCUCAGAGUAAAGUGGCAGUCCUGCUGCUGGCUGGAGGCCAGGGAACCAGACUGGGGGUCUCUUACCCCAAAGGCAUGUACGACGUGGGUCUGCCGUCCCACAAAACUCUCUUUCAGAUCCAGGCUGAACGCAUACUGAAGCUGCAACAGCUGGCGGAGCAGAAGCACAAAAUCAAGUGCUGUAUUCCCUGGUACAUCAUGACCAGCGGCAGGACAAUGGAGUCCACCAAGGAGUUCUUCUCAAAGCACAACUAUUUUGGCCUGGGCAAGGACAACGUCGUCUUCUUUCAGCAGGGCAUGCUACCAGCCAUGGACUACAGAGGCAAGAUCAUCCUGGAGAGCAAAGGGAAGCUCUCCAUGGCCCCUGAUGGGAACGGGGGUCUUUACAGAGCCCUAGGGAACCAAGGAAUCCUGGAUGACAUGGAGCGGAGGGGGGUCGAAUUCAUCCAUGUGUAUUGUGUAGAUAAUAUCUUGGUCAAAGUGGCGGACCCCGCCUUUGUUGGUUUCUGUGUGCAGAAAGGAGCGGACUGUGGAGCCAAGGUGGUGGAGAAAACCAAUCCGACAGAGGCGGUGGGUGUGGUCUGCAAGGUGGACGGGCGUUAUCAGGUGGUAGAAUACAGCGAGAUCACCCUGGCGACUGCUGAGAAGCGCAGUGCCGACGGGCGACUGAUGUUCAAUGCAGGAAACGUGGCGAAUCACUUCUUCAGCUUCUCCUUCCUCAGAGAUAUAGUACAGAAGUACGAGCCACAGCUGCAGCACCACGUGGCCCAGAAGAAGAUCCCACAUGUGGAUGGGGAGGGUCAACUAAUCAAACCGGACAAACCAAAUGGCAUUAAAAUGGAAAAGUUUGUCUUUGACAUCUUCCAGUUUGCCAAGACAUUUGUUGUGUACGAGGUGCUGCGGGAGGACGAGUUCUCUCCACUGAAGAACGCAGACAGUCAGGACGGAAAGGACACGCCCACCACUGCCAGGCACUCCCUCAUGUCGCUUCACCACCGCUGGGUGCUCAACGCUGGGGGCCACUUCAUCGACGAGAACGGCAGACGCGUGCCCGCUAUACCGAGAGACGGAGCAGCAGGCAUCACAGAUGAUGGCAACAGAAACCUGAAGGACGGAACAGACCUGCCAAUCAAAUGUGAGAUCUCCCCGCUGGUGUCCUACGGGGGAGAGGGGCUCGAAGAGUUGGUGAAGGGACGAGAGUUUCAUCCAACCCUGAUGAUUGACGAGAGUGGAGUCCACGAGCUGGUGAAGAACGGGGUUUAGACAAUAAAGAGGGGAGAGCGAGCGAGAGAUAGAGGGACGACCCAAAGACCAACCUCCCUUUGUCUCUCAACAUUUGCGGGGAGAAACUGUGAUGUCAUCGCUGUGCAAUAACGAAAUGUCGCGUGCAUGUGUUCACGAAAGAAGCUGUCCAAAAAACGAACGAACGAGCAAGAUGAAGACGUGUGCCGUUUACUUUUCUGUGGCAGGUUUUCUUUGCUCUGUGUGUUGAAGUCAUUCUUGCUUCCUAUUUGUUUUGAAGAGCACUUGAACACAGCAUGAAAUGAAGGACGAAAUCCCUGUCACACUGACUGGAUGAAGCAGUCUUAAGGUGCUUCUAUUUAUUUUGCUUAUGAGACUUAUUUUUAUAUUUACUGAUAGAUGCUCUAUAGGUGGAAAUUACCAUCUACUCAUUUUACUCUGUGAUUUUUAUACAACUUUGACUUGACGUGAGAUGAUCUGAAAGCUGUUUCUUACUCGCAUGUAAUCGAGGUACAUGGUACAGACUGUGGGGGGUAUUUAUAAUAUCUGCUUCUUUCCUGCUUUUAAUCAUUGAAGAUGAGACAUUAUACAGCUUUAAGAGAUGCUAUGAUUUCUAUCAUCUUUAUUAAAAGUUUUUCCUACUUGGAAAACCCA